AUGCGACGUACGACGACUUUUACUUUAUUCACAGGUGCAAUCCUGUUGCUACUGCUCUGCGCGGAAGCAAAGAAUUUAAUCAUUGAAUCCUUACCGAGGACUCCCGACGGCUGGAUAAAACUGAGGGACGCGGAUCCUCGGCAGGUCGUUACUCUCCGAGUACACUUUGAACAGUUGACAGAAAGUGUCGCCCGCUUUCAUCAGACUCUUUACGAUGUCUCCGAUCCACAACACGCUCUCUAUGGCCGACAUCUCUCCCGAGAGCAAGUCAGUGAUUUAAUGAAGCCGCGUCAAGAAUCUGUGGCCACUGUCGUCGACUGGCUUUCCUCAUCCGGUGUCUCAGUAAUGAAGCAGACAGAUGACUGGGUUGCUUUUCGAACGAACAUAGAGACAGCCACCAAGCUUCUGGAUGCUCAAUUCAGUAUAUACAGCCACGUGAGCACUGAUGUCGAAAGGGUUCGGACUUUACGAUACUCGGUUCCAGAGGCCUUGAAACAUCAUGUUACCAUGAUACAGCCCACGACACUUUUCGGCCGCAUCAAACCUCAAAUUCAACACGGACGAAUUCUCGAUUGGGAAGAAUUCAAGCAGAAAUUACCAGUAGCUGCGACCGUUCCGAACGGUACGCUUAAUGUGACACUCUGCAACACCACUAUUACCCCUGCAUGUCUGCGCUCGCUUUACAAUGUUCAAGACCGGAUCGCCGACCCAACGGUCCCAGCCAUUCUCGGGAUUAGUGGCUUUCUAGACGGAUUUGCUAAGCACGAUGCUCUCAUUCAAUUCAACGCCAAAUUUGCCCCGUAUGCCGCAGCACAGGACUUUACCACCGUUCUUGUGAACGGUGGUCGAGACAAUCAGACGGAUGUUGAGACUGAUAUUGAGGCAAAUCUGGACAUGCAAUACGGUGCAUCCAUGGGAUUUAACACAAGUAUCCGGUACUAUUCAGUUGGGGGUCUCGGUCCGCUCGUGCCUGACCUUAGUCAACCCGAUCCAAACGAGAUAUCCAAUGAGCCCUACCUAGAAUUAGCCACGUACCUCCUCGCGCUGCCUGACCCAGAACUACCCCGUACACUCAGUAUAUCCUAUGGCGACAACGAACAAAGUCUCCCCCGGGCCUAUGCACAGAAAGUGUGUAACAUGUUUGGUAUGCUCGGUGCCCGCGGCGUAUCCGUCAUCGCGAGUUCGGGAGACGAAGGCCCCGGAAGCCCAUGUCAAAUUAAUGACGGCACUAACGCGACCCGCUUCACGCCUCUCUUCCCCGCCACCUGUCCCUUCGUCACCACCGUAGGCGGCACCGUAGGCGUCCAGCCCGAAUCAGCGACCGCCUUCUCCGGCGGCGGCUUCAGUGAGGUCUUCCCUCGGCCCGCGUACCAAGAUGUCGCCGUGAGUGCCUACCUAGAUGGCAUUGGAAACACCUUCACCGGUUUGUACAACCGCCUGGGGCGGGGGAUCCCCGAUGUCGCUGCGCAAGCGAGCAAUUAUUUAGUAGUGAGCCACGAGAAUAUCUUAUCGGUCAGCGGGACCUCGGCGGCGACGCCCACGUUCGCGGGAAUGGUGCAUCUGUUGAGCACGGCGCGGAUUAAGAGCGGCAUGCCACCCAUGGGGUUUCUGAAUCCGUGGCUGUAUAGCACCGCGGCUGCGGGAGGAGGGAUGACGGAUAUCGUAGCUGGGAGGACGACGGGGUGUACGGGAAGGGACGUUUUCACUAACCUGACUACGCCGUUCGUGGCUGGGGCGGGUUGGAAUGCGACUGCUGGCUGGGAUCCGGCGACGGGAAUGGGGACGCCGCUAUUUGAUCAGUUGCUGAAGAUGGCCGUCCCGGGGGCGGCAAUUUCCAGAAAAGGGGGAAUGGUGCCACUGAGAUGGGGAUGAUGUGAGUAAAUUUAAUGAUGCCUACAGAGCCUGCCGGCUAUGCGUAAGCAGAAUUUUUCGC